UCUAUCCGAAACCAAAUUCCCUCCUUCCCUCGUUUUCUGCUCUCGCCUCCUCUACGUUCCAUAACGCCCUCUCUCUCUCUCUCUCUCUCUCUCUUUUUUUUUUUUUUUCCAAACCCUUUUCCCCUCCCUCUCACUUUCUCUCUCUAAACCCCACUCUUUCUCUCUCUAAAACCCUACACUGUACUCUCCUUCCUUCGGAUCCUUCUCCCGUUUCCCUCCAAUUUCCCCCCAAUUCCGCUGGCCCCACCUCCGCCCCUUUUCCCGCUUCCUCAUGUCCAGCGCCGCCGGAGUUCCCGACCGCCUCGCUUCGCAGCCGCGGGGGGCUGCCGGCGCCCCUGCCCUCCCGCCGCUCAAGCGCCACCUUGCCUUCGUCACGAAACCGCCCUUCGCCCCGCCCGAUGAGUACCACAGCUUCUCCAGUGCCGACUCCCGCCGCGCCGCGGAUGAAGCCGUCGUCGUUAGAUCUCCGUACAUGAAGCGGAAGAGUGGAAUGACUGACAGUGAAGGGGAGUCACAAGCACAAAAGUGGAGUAACAGCCCAGGAUACACUAAUGUUAGUAAUGUAACGAAUAAUAGUCCCUUCAAAACUCCUGUGUCUGCAAAAGGGGGAAGGGCACAGAAGGCAAAGGCUUCCAAAGAAGGCAGAUCAUGUCCUCCGACACCCAUGUCAAAUGCUGGUUCCCCUUCUCCUCUUACUCCUGCUAGCAGCUGUCGCUAUGACAGUUCCUUAGGUCUCUUGACAAAAAAGUUCAUCAAUUUGGUCAAACAUGCGGAGGAUGGUAUUCUUGACCUAAAUAAAGCAGCAGAAACUUUGGAGGUGCAAAAGAGGAGGAUAUAUGACAUAACUAAUGUUUUGGAAGGCAUUGGUCUCAUUGAAAAGAAGCUCAAGAACAGAAUACAUUGGAAGGGAAUUGAAUCUUCUACGUCUGGUGAGGUGGAUGGUGAUAUCUCUGUGCUUAAGGCAGAAGUUGAGAAACUUUCUUUGGAGGAGCAGGGAUUAGAUGAUCAAAUAAGGGAAAUGCAAGAAAGGCUGAGGAAUUUGAGUGAAAAUGAAAACAACCAGAAGUGCCUUUUCGUGACUGAAGAAGAUAUUAAGGGCCUGCCUUGCUUCCAGAAUGAAACUUUAAUAGCAAUUAAAGCUCCGCAUGGAACCACCCUGGAAGUCCCUGAUCCUGAGGAAGCUGUAGACUAUCCGCAGAGAAGAUAUAGAAUCAUUCUUAGAAGCACAAUGGGCCCCAUUGAUGUCUACCUUAUCAGUCAAUUUGAAGAGAAAUUUGAAGAGGUUAAUGGUGCUGAGCUCCCCAUGAUCCCACUUGCUUCCAGUUCUGGUUCCAAUGAGCAACUAAUGACGGAAAUGGUUCCUGCUGAAUGCAGCGGAAAAGAACUUGAACCUCAAACUCAGCUCUCUUCUCAUGCAUUCUCUGAUCUAAAUGCUUCACAGGAGUUUGCUGGUGGCAUGAUGAAGAUUGUCCCUUCAGAUGUUGAUAAUGAUGCAGAUUAUUGGCUUCUAUCAGAUGCUGACGUUAGUAUAACAGAUAUGUGGAGAACAGAUUCUACUGUUGAUUGGAAUGGUAUAGACAUGCUUCAUCCUGAUUUUGGAAUCAUUUCGAGGCCUCAAAGUCCAUCAUCUGGGCUUGCUGAAGUGCCAUCAACAGGAGCAAACUCUAUUCAGAAGUGAUUUCGGUUUGCCUAUGCAGAAAGUAUGGAUGGCCUUCAUCCUUUGCAGAGGGAAACUACUUCAAUAGAGUGAUUGUUAGCCUUGAGGAUGUAAACAGCCGUUGAAUGUCAAGCCGAGAGUGGUUGAUUUACCUAAGUUAAAUAAUUGACUCUGACAAAUAAACUUAGUUACAGUAGACAUACUAUGCUCGUAGAUGAUUUAGCUUGGAAGGUAGAGCAGUUGUGUUUACAGAAAAUGUUCCUGCUGUGAUAUGUAAACAAAGCAGUCUCAUAAUCAGUAUAUAUUGUCAUAUGAUUAGCCAUAUUUGAAGUAUGGAAUCGUGGUUCCAGUUUUUUGAAGAUGAGAGUUUCUACAUAUAUGCUGACUGCAAACGAACUAGAAGGGUGUACCGGAUAAUGUUAGGACUGAACCACCUCGUUAUUGAAUUAUCAUUCGUGUUGCUUGUAAACAAUUUCAUAAUCAUUAAUUAGUCUAAUGAUAAAAUUAUGUCAAUUAUUUUCCCA